AUGAGGACUGCGGGUUUAGGUAACACUUUCGAACAAUGGUGCCAUGAAAUUCGAGAAGAAAAGGCUAAUACCGACCGGUGGGAAAGGAAAUUUCGAGAAGCUCAGGCACGAAACGAAGAUUUGGAGAAAAGUCUGUCGGAAAGUAGAAAUGAGCAAGGGGAAUUAAGGGCUAGAGUGGCAGAACUCAAGAAGUCUCUACAUCAAUACCGAAACCGCAACACCACAUUAGAAUUGAGGGCGAGCUUGAGCAAGAUAGAAGAAAUGAAAGGAAGAAUAGAAGAGUUAGAGACGUCACUGCAAAACUAUAAGAUACAGAUCCAGUUUUUCGAGGCAAAUGAGGAUCAUUGGAAAGGGCAGCUUCACCAUGCGCAAGACCAAACUGGAGAAAUUGGAGAAGAUGCAAAAAGACAUGCAAGAACAAAUGCAAGAACAAAUGCAGUCUCAAAUACAAGAGCAACUAGCAAGAUUCAGCAAGAGAUGAAGGAGCAAAUGAUGGAGUCCCAGAGAGAAAUGAUGUCCCAGUUAUCCAAAUUGCUGUCGGGAGGAAUGGAUAAGGGAAAGGGCCUCAUGGACCAAGUUGAGGAAACUAAUGAAGAUCUCCAAUACCCCCUGGCUUCACUUCAACACAUGUACCGAUGA